GAGCUGGGGGCUCCGAACGCCGUGGGGCUCAGCACUUAUGGUGGCUUUUCGCCGGGAGAAGAAGCUGUGUGGGUGCAGUUUUUGUCAGCUAUUCCUGGCCCCACCACCCCUCAAAAAAGAGCUGGACCUCUGGAGCGGACUUAGUAACCAAGCAUCGAAGAAAUACCAUACAGAAAAAUGCCUUUUGAAUCCCAAGGGAGGUCAACAUUUUUUGACAUUUUUAAGACACAAUGCAGCAAAACAGAUUUAGGACCCAUAAGCCUUAAUUGGUUUGAAGAACUUUCUUCAGAAGCUCCACCCUAUAAUUCUGAACAUGAAAAUGAAUCUGAAUAUAAAAUCACCAGUUAUGAGCCAAACCCGUUUAAAACACCACAAAGGAAACCUUUUUAUCAGUUGGCUUCAACCCCAGUAGCAUUCAAAGAACAAGGAAAGGAUAUUGCCAAUAGUGAACAUAAAAACUGCCACACUAAAACGGACCACAUAAUGGAUGUUACCAGUCCACCUCUGAAUUCCUCCUGUCUUACUGAAAGUCCUCUUGCUCUGCGAUGUACACGUGUCACACCACAGAGAGAAAAGCCAGUGGUAUGUGGAAGUUUACUUUAUACACCAAAGCUUAUGAAGGAUAACACGCCAAAAAACAUUUCUGAAAGUCUAGGAGCUGAAGUAGAUCCUGAUAUGUCGUGGACAAGUUCUUUAGCUACACCACCAACCCUUAGUUCUACUGUGCUCAUAGCUAGAGAUGAGGAAACAUUUGGAACUAUAUUUCCUAAUGACACAACUGUUGAAAGUCUGAAGAAAAAUCGUUUCAUUCCAUCUGUAAUCAACAGUGAAAACAAAAAUCAAAGAGAAGCUAGCAGUCAUGGAUUUGGGAAAGUGUUAGAGAAUUCAUUUGGUAAAGUCAAUAGUGACAAAGAUGACUUUGGAACAUCAAUGACAGAUACCCAAGAUAAAGUACAGGAAAUAGUUGCUGAUAUUUCUGAAGAAGAUAGUUUUUCGUUAUGUUUUUCUAAGAAGACAAGAAAUCUACAAAAAAUAAGAUUGGAUAAGACUAGGAAAAAAAUUUUCUGUGACCCAAGCACUGAUGAAUUCAGUGAACAAGCUAAACAACCAGUUAAAGAAGAAAAAUAUUCGUUUGCAUCUGAAGUGGAACCCUGUGAUGGUGAUCUAUUAGACACUAACUUAGGAAAUCAGGACCCCCUUGGCAGUGAAAAUGACAAAACCUCCAAGGAGGCUGUACCAUCUUCAGACUGUGAAUGGUCGCAACUAAACCUCUCAGGCCUGAUUGGAACCCAGAUGGAAAAAAUACCUCUACUGCAUAUUUCUUCUUAUGAUCAAGAUAAUUCAGAAAAGAACUCAACAGACACAGAAAAGGAAUGUUUGACAUCUGUUACUACAGAAAAUUCUUUGCUAUAUAUUUCUAGUCUUCCACAAUCAGAAGAGGUAUCACAUGAGGAAACACUGAUAAGUAAGAGAGAUGAAGAACAACAGCUUGAGUCUCAUGAAGAUUCCUUUCUUGUAAAGCAAGAAGUGUCUGGAACUUGCCAAGUAGUUUCUCCAUUUCCAAGUAUCAAAAAGUCUAUAUUUAGGAUAAGACAUCCAUCUGAAGAGACUUCUGAUGCAGUUUUCUCAGGUAAUCUGACCAAUGCAAACUUUAAGGAAGAAAGCAGAACAUUUGAAAGUGGAUUGAAAAUACAUGCAUUUUGCUCCCAGAAGGCAGAUUCUUUAUAUUCUAGUUCACUUGAUACUGAAAACCAUCCAGCCACUAGCCCACAUACUCCUGUAACUCUGAAGAAUGAAGGUUUAAUAUCCAGUUUGAAAAAGAAGAGGAGAAAGUUUAUUUAUGCUAUAAAUGAUGAAACAUCUUGUCAAGAAACAAAAUCACAGAAAUGGCAAAAAUCAGAACCAACAAACUGUUCAUCCCAGUCUGAAGCACCACUUAUAUUUACAGAUGCUCACUCAGGCUUGUUGCAUUCUUCUGUUAGAAGAAACAAUUUACAAAAUGAGGCCAAAGAACCAUCAUUGUCUGCUACCAACUCUUUUCAGACAGUUCUGAGGAAAUGUUCUGACAAUGAAAGUGGUUAUGCUAAUGUAAUAAUACCUGAAGAUCGUAAUUAUAAAGAAGCAAGAAUUAAAGAAAAACCACAGUCAUUUAUAACCCCAGGAACUGAUUUUCUGUCGUACUUGCAGGAAAGACAGGAUGCUCCAAAAAGCCAAACUGUUUCAGAUAUAAAAGAAAAGAUACAGCCUGCAGAAGUGGAACUUGGUGGCUUUCACUUUGAAUCCAAGGAAAAUUUUUUAGAUGAUCUUGAUAAUGCUGGUACUCUUACAUUAACUCCUAGUUCCAAGGAUCCUCUUUUGAAUCCAAUUGUAUUUUCUAGAGGAAAAGAAUUAUAUGAAAUGCCAGAGAAAUAUAAGGUUAAGAAUUGUGAAGCUGAUAUUGAAUUAGCCCAAAACAUUCCCUUGGAAAAAAUUCCAGAAAUGUGUGUAUUAAAUGAAAAUUCAAAAAAAGCUGAGAUUUUGCCACCUGAAAAUUACAUAAAAAUAGCAUCAUCUUCAGUGAAGUUGCACUUCAAUCAAAAUAGAAAUCUAACAGUAAACCAAAACGACCAAGAGGAAACCUGUUUAAUUUCAGAAAUAGGUGUCCAUCUAAAUUCUGAACACAGAAUUUUCCCAGACAGUGAGAAUAAUUCCAUUUCUCUAAUAACUAGGGAAAGAAGCAGUGCUGUUUUAGAAACUACUGAGGAAUUCCACAAAGCAGACCUUAGUUGUAUAAAAGAACCCAUUUUCAAGAACUGCAUGAUGGUAAUAGAUACAGACAUAGAUCAUAAACAGACAGACCAAGUUUUGAUUACAGAAUGUUUGGGCUCAUCAGAUAAAGUAUAUGAUCUUACAAAAGAGAACAGAAAUAGUGCAAAGCAGAAUCUAAGAAGAACUCCAGGUCAAGAGUUAAAAUCAGAUUCUUCCUUGGUUAUAAAGGAUAUACAAUCAAACAGAAAUGAUUAUAAAGACAAAUGGUUAGGGCUCUUAGAUCCAGUUACAGAUCACAGUUUUAAUGGUAGCUUCAGAACAGCUUCAAAUAAAGAAAUAAAACUCGCUGAACAUAACAUUAAGAAGAGUAAAGUGCUCUUCAAAGAUAUAGAAGAAGAAUAUCCCACUAGUUUAGCCUGUGUUGAAAUUGCAAAUGCAGAUAUCUCCAUAUUAGAUCAUCAAAAGAAGCUAAACAAACUUCAUAUAUCCAACUUAGAGUCAGUUAAUACUUUAUCUCCUUGUGUUCAGAGUGGUACAUUUGUUUCUGACUCUGAAAAUACUCACACAUCCCCUCAAAUACUAUCUUUAAAGCAAGAUUUCAAUGCAAAUAAUAAUUUAACACCUAGCCAAAAGGCAGAAGUUACAGAACUUUCCACUAUAUUAGAGGAAUCAGGAAGUCAGUUUGAAUUCACACAGUUUAGAAAACCAUGCCACGGAGCACAAAAUCGUACAUAUGAAGUGCCUGGAAACCACAUGGCUGCCUCCAAUCACACUUCUGAUGCUUCAUCUCAAGGUCAGGUAGAUAGAAGUGAGAAGCUUAAAGGUAUCACCAGAGUUAAACAGACCUCUGCUUGCUUACUGAAAACAAACUAUAACAUAAGUAUGUCUUUUUUUUUAACACAUGAAAGUGAAAUGGAGUUUAGAGGCUUUUAUUCUGCUCUUGGUACAAAACUCAGUGUUUCUACUGAAGCUUUACAAAAAGCUGCAAAACUGUUCAGUGACAUUGACAUCAUUCACGAGGAGACUUCUCUAGAAGCCGAGCCAAGCUUUUCCUGUAAUAGUCAUCAAUCUUUUGUUUCCCCACAUCAGAUGGAGAGCCACAACAAUAAUAAAAAUUUAAGUGAGAAAAGUAGUAAAUGCCAACUAAUAUCACAAAAUAAUAUUGAAAUGACUCCUGGCAUUUUGGGAGAAGAAAAUACUGGAAAUUACAUGAGAAAUAGAGGAAGUAAAUGUAACAGAUGUACUGAUGUGAGAAGAACUAUUUGUAAGUUAGAAGAAUCUGAUGGCAGUGACUCUAGUAGGAAUGAUGAUACAGUUUACAGUCACAAAGAUGAAAGUUACUUCCAGUGUACUGACAAACAUAAUUUCUAUCUUAAAUCAGUUAGCCAGUUCACAAAAGAAGAAAACAUACAGACUAAAGAAAGUUUGUCAGACUUGACUUGUUUGGAGGUCAUGAAAGCUGAAGAAACAUGUCUUACCAAUUCUUCAAAUAAAGAACAAUUACCUGUAGGUAAGAAGGAACAAAAUAUAAAAGAUUUUGAUACAUCCUUUCAGACUGCAGGUGGGAAAAAUAAUAGAGUCUCUGAAGAGUCUUCGUGUGAAGUUUCAAAUUUCUUUGACAAAGAAAUAGGAGAAAUAAGUAACUUUUCCAAUUCCUUUAAUUCUGAAUUACUUUCUGGCAUAAUUAAGAGCAAAGUGAACAUUUCGGGUCAUGGGGAAACAGACAUGGCUAAAAACAAAAUAAUGAAAGAAAGUAACCCAGUUGGCACUGGAAAGCAACCAUCUGACUAUAAAAUGAGAAAGGUCAAAGAACCUACUCUCCUGGGUUUUCAUACUGCCAGUGGGAAAAAAGUAAAAAUUGCCAAGGAAUCUCUGGAUAAAGUGAAAAAUCUUUUUGAUGAAAAAGAAUAUGGCAAAAUCUGCAGUUUGGGUUAUCAAGAAACAAAGACACUAAAGUACAGAGAAGACUCUAAAGAAAGGCUUGAUUUAACAUAUGAGAGAGUUGAAGUAAAUAUCCCCAAACAUGAAGAAAUGCAGAAUUCCAUAGGUGAUAAAGAGAAAAAUUUGGUUUAUAGGGAAUCUAGGAUAGUACCCAGGCCAAGUGAUAAUUUGUAUAAACAAACUAAAAAUCUGAAAACCUCUAACAAUAUUUCUUUGGAAGUUGAAGUACAUGAAAAUAUAGAGGAAGAAGUAGCAAAAAGUUCUACAGCUUGUAUAAAUCAACCUUCUACAGCUUCAGUGUUUUACACAGGACAUGGUAGAAAAAUUUCUGUGAGUCAGGCUUCACUAUCUAAAGCAAGACAGUGGCUUAGAGAAGAAUUGGAUGAUCAUCUAGAAAAGCAAAAUAGUGCCAAAGUUGUGUGUAUAAAUAAGUACCCUAAUGAUAAUGUAGGAAAUGUGUCAUAUGAAAAUAGUUCAAACAAUAUAACUGAAAAUGACAAAAAUCUCUCUGAAAAGCAAGAUUUAACCUAUUUAAGUGACCAUACCAUGUCUAAUAGGAAUUCAUACCAUUCUGACUUUUGUCAUUCCAAUGAUCUAUACUUGGGACACUCCUCAAAAAAUAAUGGUGGUUCUUCUUGUAUCGAGACAGUUAUGAAUGUCAAUGGCAAGGAAAUCACUUGUUUUCCUGAAGUAGUAUCCACUGUUAGAGAAGUAAGUACAUACUCGCAAACUGUAAGAGAAAAUAUUUGUGCUCAGAAACUUGUGACUGACUCUUCACUGUCCGAAAAUAAAAAUCGAACCAUGAAUUUGGCCACUCCUGAUACAAAUAAUUUUGAGGCAGAGUCACCUGCAUCCAGUGCAGCUACUAGUAAAAUACUCUGCAUUUCAAAUGAAAAAACCAAAGAGGAAAAAGUAUAUACAGACAACUGCAAGAAGGUAAUCAAGCAAAACACUGAGAAUGAAUUAGAUACUUGCCAAACAAAACUUGUGGCAGGUAAGGCAUUAGACAAUUCAAGGGAUGUUGACAUUACUAACUCUGCAGAUAAUGACUGCUUAGAUUCACAUGAGGCCUUUGCUGACAUUCAGAAUGAACACAUUUCACAAAACCAAAGUUCAUCUGGAUUGGAGAAAGCUUCCAAAGUGUCACCUUGUAUCAUUUCAAAAACUCCAGAAAAGUGUGAACUUAUAGGGAAAUUUCCCCCAUCAGUCUCUUCUAAAAAUACUUUAGGGAUUUUUAGCACAGCAAGUGGAAAAUCUGUACAAGUAUCAGAUGCUUCGUUACAAAAGGCAAGACGAGUGUUUUCUGAGAUAGAAGAUAAUGCUAAGCAACUCAUUUCCGCAGAAUCACUUAAAAGUAAUGAAGAACAUUCAGAGUUUACAAAAGAAGAAAAUAUAAUGCAUAUCCCCCAGAAUGUACUGUUGGCCACCAGAUCCUUUUCCUAUCAUGUAAAUUCACCUGCUUUCUCUGGAUUUAGUACAGCAAGUGGAAAACAAGUUGCUGUUUCAGCAAGUGCCUUACACAGAGUGAAGAGUAUGUUUGAGGAAUUUGACUUAAUCAGCACUGAACAUGCCUUUCAGCAUUCACCUACAUCUAGACAAGAAGCAUCAAAAAUACUUCCUUGUACUGAUAAGAGAACCUCAGAACCUAUUAUAAACUCCAAAAUGCAAAAGGCUAACAAUAAUGAAUUUAAGUUACAUAACUCUAAUAUUGAAAGUAAUUCUGCAGAAAAGAAUCAGGCUAUUAACGUUUCUUCUUAUCUCUCCGAGUUUAAGAAGGACAAACAAUUGACAGGACAAACCAACACAUCACCUGCUGCAAACACUCAUCUUUUGGGGAAAAAACAAGCUUUACCCAAAAACAUAAAAAAGGAAGUUGGCAAGAAAUCUUUUUCUAAUGUUCCUGUGAAAACAAAUGCAGAAGAUUUUUCUUACUCCAAAGAUCCAGAAAACUAUUUUGAAACAGAAGCAGUAGAGAUUGCCAAAGCAUUUAUGGGAGAUGGUGAGCUAACAGAUCCUGAACCACCAGCACAUGCCAAACAGUCACUGUUUACAGGCUCCAACAAUGAAGACAGGGUUUUGUUGGAUUCCAGAACUGUGAAAAGAAAAGGAAUUGCCCUUAACUUGGCUGAAGAACCUCCAAUCAAAAGAAACUUGUUAAGUGAAUUUGACAAGAUAAUGGAACGUGAAGAAAAAUCUCUAAAGGCUUUAAAAAGCACUCCAGAUGGUAUAAUGAAAGAUAGAAGAUUGUACAUGCGUCUAGGGCCAAUUACCUGUGAACCCUUUAGCACAACUAAAGAACAGCAAGAAAUGCAGAAUCCAAAUGUUACUGCACCUGAUCAAGGAUUCCUAUCUAAACCUCAUCUUUAUAAACACCUGGAAAAAUCUUCAAGCAGUGUACCAGAUUCAGGACAGUUGGGUCAUAAAGUUCCCAUAUCAAGAAAUGAAACCAUGAGACAAUCGGUUACUAUGGGCAAACCAGCCAAAGUCUUUGUCCCGCCUUUCAAAGUGAAAUCACAUCUUCACAAAGAAGGAAAACAAAAGCAAAGAAACAUAGAUGAAUGUGGUUCCAGUGGUAGCAAAAACAUUUACAGUGAGAUUCAUCAGUUUAGCAAAGACAGCUCCAGUCAAGAAGCAACUAUGAUUUUCACAAAGUGUAAAGAACCUUUAGAUUUAGUUACAAGUCUUCAGAAUGCCAGAGAUAAUCAGACUGCACGAAUUAAAAACAAAGAAAGGCAACAGAUCUUUCCACAACCAGGCAGUCUGUAUCUUGCAAAAACGUCUACUCUGCCUCGAAUCUCUCUGAAAGAAGCUGUAGGAAACCGAGUUCCCUCUGCAUGUUCUCAAAAGCAGCUUUAUAUGUAUGGUGUUUCAAAGCAUUGUAUAAAAAUAAACAGCAAAAAUGCUGAAUCUUUUCAGUUUCAUACUGAGGAUUAUUUUAGUAAGGAAGAUUUACAUUCUGGAAAAGGAAUUCAGUUGGCUGAUGGUGGAUGGCUCAUACCCUCCAAUGAUGGAAAGGCUGGAAAAGAAGAAUUUUAUAGGGCUCUGUGCGACACCCCUGGUGUGGAUCCAAAACUUAUUUCUAGAGCUUGGGCCUGUAAUCAUUACAAAUGGCUUGUAUGGAAACUGGCAGCCAUGGAAGUUUCUUUUCCUAAAGAAUUUGCUAAUAGAUGCCUAAACCCAGAAAGGGUGCUUCUUCAACUAAAGUAUAGAUAUGACGUGGAGAUUGAUAGAAGCAAAAGGUCAGCCAUAAAAAAGAUCAUGGAAAGGGAUGACACACCUGCAAAGACACUUGUUCUCUGUGUUUCUGACAUCAUUCCAAGUACAUCUGAAACUUGUAACAGCAAAACUGAUGGUGCAGAUACCAAAAAUAUGACCAUGCUCGAACUUACAGAUGGAUGGUAUGCCGUCAAGGCCCAGUUAGACCCUCCACUAGUGGCUCUCUUAAAGAAUGGGAGAUUGACUGUGGGUCAGAAGAUCAUUACUCAUGGAGCAGAGCUCAUAGGCUCCCCUGAUGCCUGUGCACCUCUGGAAGCUCCAGACUCUCUUAUGUUAAAGAUUUCAGCUAAUAGCACUCGGCCUGCCUGUUGGCACACCAAACUUGGGUUCUUUCCUGAUCCUAGACCUUUCCCUCUGCCCUUGUCAUCAUUUUUUGCUGAUGGUGGAAACGUUGGUUGUGUUGAUGUCAUUGUUCAAAGAAUAUACCCUAUACAGUGGAUGGAGAAGACACCAUCUGGAUUGUAUAUAUUUCGGAAUGAAAGAGAAGAAGAAAGAGAAGCAACAAAAUUUGCAGAGACCCAACAGAAGAAACUAGAAGCGUUAUUUACUAAAAUUGAAGCAGAAUUUGAAGAGCAUGAAGAAAGCAUAACAAAACCAUGUGUGUCAUCACGUGCACUAACAAGACAACAGAUCCGUGCUCUUCAGGACGGAGCAGAGCUUUAUGAAGCCGUGAAGAAUGCACCAGACCCAGAUCACCUUCAGAGUUACUUCAAUGAAGAGCAGUUAAGAGCUUUGAAUAAUCACAGACAAAUGUUGAAUGACAAAAAACAAGCACAGAUCCAGUUGGAAUUCCAGAAGGCUAUGGAAUCUGCUGAAAAGGGGGAAGAACGUUUAUCAAGGGAUGUUACACCCGUGUGGAAGUUAUGUAUUGUAAGCUAUGGGAAAAAAGGAAGAGCUGCAGUCACAUUGAGUAUUUGGCGUCCAUCCUCAGCCUUACUGCACCUGUUGACAGAGGGUAACAGAUACAGAAUCUAUCAUCUUACUACAUCAAAAUCUAAAUGUAAAUCUGAAAGAGCUAACAUACAGUUGGCAGCAACAAAAAGAACUCAGUAUCAACAAUUACCGGCUUCAGAUGACAUCUUAUUCCAGGUUUACCAGCCAAGAGAGCCCCUUCGUUUCUGCAGACUGUUAGAUCCAGACUUUCGGCCACCUUGUUCUGAAGUGGACCUAAUAGGGUUUGUAGUUUCCAUUGUAAAAAAAAUAGGUCUUGCUCCUUUGGUCUAUUUGUCAGAUGAAUAUCAUAAUUUACUGGCAAUAAAAUUUUGGAUAGAUCUCAAUGAAGAUGUCAUUAAACCUCAUAUGUUAAUUGCUGCAAGCAACCUCCAGUGGCGACCAGAAUCCAAGUCAGAAAUUCCUACAUUGUUUGCUGGAGAUUUUUCCCUGUUUUCUGCAAGUCCAAAAGAAGGCCACUUUCAAGAGAGAUUCAACAAAAUGAAGAAUACUGUUAAGAAUAUUGAUGUACUUUGCAAUGAUGCAAAUAAGAAGCUUAUGUGUCUCCUUAAUGCAAACAACCCCAAGUGGUCCACCCCAACUAAAGACUACAAGUGCGAGACUUACCCAGCUAACCCGGUGCUUGGUACAGAAAACAAGGUUCUGAAGUCUUCUCCUAAUAGUGAGCAAAAUUACCAGAGUCAUCCAUCACUUUGUACACCAAAAGCGAAGUGCUUGCCCAACCCUGUUUCUGCCCAAAUCAUCUCAGAGUCUUUAUGUAAAGAGGAAAGAGAGAUUGACGACCCCAAAACCUGCAAAAAGAGGAGAGCCUUGGAUUUCCUGACUCGCCUGCCUUUGCCUCCCCCUGUGAGUCCCAUUUGUACGCUUGUUUCCCCAGCCGCACAGAAGGCGUUUCAGCCACCACGGAGCUGUGGUGCCAAACACGAAACACCUCCAAAGAGGAAAGACCUGAAUUUUCCUCAGGUGACUCCUCUUAAAAAGGUCAGUGGAGUUUCUCUUUUGGAACGUGAUUCAAUAGCUGAUGAAGAACUGGCGUUGUUAAAUACCCAAGCUCUUGUGUCUGGUUCCCUGCGAGGAAACCACCUGCUCGCCCCGGAAUCCCAGAGGAUGACUCCCCCUGGCGCCCAAGACCACCUGGGAUAGAAAAGACCACCGACUCCCUGAUGGAAGGACAUGAGAGUCCCCAAGCCAGCACAGACUCUGAGAAUAUGUCUAGAUUGCAAAGGCUGCAGAAAAUGAAAAUGACAAUAAUUUAGUUGUUUAUAAGAUGUGGACAGUGUCCAACUGCACACAGUAUUUGUGUAACAAGAAAAGAUGGAAACAGUUUCACAUUUAACUACCUGUUGUAUGUGAUAGGGAUUCUUUGCUUUGCUCUGUAUUUCUGUGCUUUUAUUUCAGUUGUCUACCUUACAAUUGACUGUUUAUUUACUAUCUACUCAAAAGCUCUUGUUUAAAAUUGUUUUAUUAGAUUUGGUCACUACUAGUACUAUUUUACAAAACAAAUAAACAUACCUCUAUACAUUG